AUAGCCAAUAAAUAAGAAACAAAUUUUCUCGUCUCUCUCUAACAAAACAAUUCACACACAACAAUGGCUACAAUGUUCUGGGUUAUGACUUUACUAAGCCUCAGUUGCCUGCUAGGAUUCAACGCCCAAGCACCAGCAACUGCACCAACAAAGUUGCCACCUACAACCCCGACGGCAAUAACACCGGUCACGACACAACCACCUACCGUGGUGGCAUCUCCUCCCAUCACAAGCCAACCACCUGUUACCGUGGCACCCAAAUCUGCUCCAGUUACAUCACCAGCUCCAAAAAUUGCACCAGCUUCAAGCCCAAAAGUCCCACCACCUCAACCACCAAAAAGUUCACCUGUCUCAACUCCAACAUUGCCACCACCGUUGCCACCACCACCAAAGAUAUCACCAACACCAGUCCAAACACCACCAGCCCCUGCACCAGUAAAGGCAACACCGGUGCCAGCACCUGCACCCGCAAAGCAAGCGCCAACUCCUGCACCUGCUACCUCACCACCAAUACCCGCACCAACGCCUGCAAUAGAAGCACCUGUACCAGCACCUGAGUCCUCCAAGCACAAGAGAAGAAGACAUAGACACAAGCACAGGAGACAUCAAGCACCAGCUCCAGCACCAACCGUUAUUCACAAGAGUCCCCCUGCACCACCAACUGACACUACAGCAGAUUCCGACACAGCACCGGCACCAGCACCUAGUCUUAAUUUGAAUGGUGCACCAUCAAACCAUCUUCAAGGGGGAAAUAUAUGGACAACAAUUGGAUUUGCUAUUACUGUUUUUCUAGCAGUAACGGGCUACAGCUUCUAGAAGUCUCAUAGUGAACGUAGAUUCACUCUAAGCAUUUAUUUGGGUUGCAAAAUGUAAAAUCAUCUCAGGUGUACAGAUCUGAAUAAUGAGUGUCGAUACUUACAAUUUUUUAUUUUUAUUUGUCAUGAUCUUUUCCCGGGAACAUUAAUGGAUAUGAAUUUUUGAAUCAUGGAAA